CCUUGUGUUUCCAAAAAAAAAAAGAAAAGAAAAAACAAACAAAAUAUCUAAAAACUCUGUCCUUAGGGUUUCGAAGAACAAAUCUCGAAUUUCACUCUCUUUGUCAAUCGCUGCCUUCCGAAAGGAAAAAUGAGGCCCAUCUUCUGUGGAAAUUUUGAGUAUGACGCACGGCAGUCUGAUCUGGAACGGCUAUUUGGUAGAUAUGGGAAGGUUGAGAGGGUGGAUAUGAAGUCUGGAUUAUCUUGGCAUGUCCUAAUUCUUCCUGGCUAAUGGAUGGGCUCUUCAGAAUUCUAUUUUCUGCCUGUGACGAGCUUCCUCUUCUUUAUUUUUAAGAAGAGUCAUUCUGAUCCUCAAUGGACUACCAUCCCACGUUUCCCUCAGUCACCAUUGCCUUUCAUCCCUCAUGACUUUUGCCCAGCCUUCAAUUUCAGACAUGUUUCAGGUUGAAACAUUGCCGACCUCACAGCAGAGGCAGCAGAAUAGAUGGAGAAGGCACUCUAUUCAUUGACCUACCAUGAGACAUCCACUUUUGGAAUGUUGUUCCUUCACACCACUUAGUUCAUCACACAAGGAUUUGCUUUUAUCUAUAUGGAAAAUGAGAGAGAUGCCGAGGAUGCUAUUCGGAGACUUGAUCGAACAGAAUUUGGUCGUAAGGGACGUAGGCUUCGUGUUGAAUGGACAAAACAUGAGCGUGGCAUUAGAAGGCCUGGAGGUUCCAGAAAAUCUUCAGCUAAUACGAGGCCUUCAAAGACCUUGUUUGUUAUUAAUUUCGACACACAUCAUACUAGGACUAGGGACUUGGAGAGGCACUUUGAACCAUAUGGGAAGAUAGUGAGUGUAAGGAUUAGAAGGAACUUUGCAUUUGUUCAGUAUGAAUCACAGGAGGAUGCUUGUAGAGCAUUGGAUGGAACAAACAUGAGCAAGCUGUUGGAUCGAGUUAUUUCAGUGGAGUAUGCAGUUCGGGAUGAUGAUGAUGAAAGAAGAAACGGAUAUAGUCCUGAUAGGAGAAGUCGAGAUAGGUCAUUGGAGAGAGGUCGUGAUAGAAGGCGAUCCCCAAGCCCCUAUCGAAGAGAGAGGGGCAGCCCUGAUUAUGGCCGUGGUGCUAGUCCAUAUAGGAAAGAGAGAGGAAGCCCUGAUUAUGGCCGUGGGGGCAGCCCAAGUCCCUAUAGGAGAGAGAGGGCUAGCCCUGAUUAUGGUCGGACACGCAGUCGUAGUCCUUAUCAAAGAGAUAGGGUUGGGUCUGAUCGUCGCCGUGGUCCUAGCCGUAGUCCUUACCAACCAGAAAGGGUGAGUGCUGAUGUUGCUCGUGGCCCCAGCCGUAGUCCUUAUGGAAGAGAGAAGGCAAGCCCUGACAAUGGUCGUGGCCCCAGCCGUAGUCCUUAUGAAAGGGAGAGGGAAAGCCCUAACAAUGGUCGUGACCUCAGCCGCAGUCCUUAUGGUAGAGAGAGGGCUAGUCCUGAAGAUGGUCGAGUCCCCAGCCAAAGCCCUUAUGAUGGGAGAGAGAGAGCUAGCCCCGACAAUGGUCGUGAAGUCAGCCCCAUACCCGAACCCAGGGACAGCCCUAAUUUUGGUGGUGGUCCAGAAAGCCCUAUGCAUGAGAGAUAUCGCAGUCGAUCACCCCCCGGAGAGGAAUGAUCUUGAUCUCAAUGAUCAGAAAGAGCAUCGCAGUUUAUCACCCCCAGGAGAGGAAUGAUCUUGAUCUCAACAUUCAGAAAAGAACUGCAUUUGGUUGUACUGAUUUGUGUUGGGUGGCAAAACUCAUGUAAAAUUUGUACCAAUUCACCUUUUUCAGUAACAACUAUUGGGGAGUUUGGUAAAAAUUUAUGCUCCCGAACCUUUGUAGGACCUAGUUGACGUUAGUCUAGUUUUUAGACAUUUGUAUGCUUUGAUUUCUGCUCGACUUUGAUGGAUGUUAUUGUUGGUUUAAACAAAAAUUCUGUAUACAAGACCUCUAAUCUAUGUUGGCCUUGAUUCUACUCUA